GGUCUCUCUUAUGCUGGCUGAAUUCUUUUCCAGCACAGAAACAUGCUGGACAUAUAUCCACGCCAUCUUCUAAUGAUUCGCACACAGGAUCUGCACAUUUUAUUCGAAUGGAAUGGGUGAGGUCGCAUCGACAUGCGUCGCAGUGUAUUUGUACACCGGGUUCGUUAACGGCUAUAUAUUACGUAAUCGAAAGGCGUGAGAAUACGUUCGUGCAGAUUUCUGGAGGGCAGUUUGUCUAGCACCACCAAGAAAGCAUACUUACUUUGAAUUUCCUCCGGUUGAUGCUGUCGUUUCCGGUGAGUAAUAGUCAUAUCUCGCACCCCAGACCCUAGAAAAGAGAUCCCGCAGAGUUAUGAUGUCUCUCGUCGAAGGCGAAUAGGUGAAUGAGACCGGUCGUCGAGUGCUCAGAACGUGUCUUGAUUGGCGGUACGGUAUCCAGAGUGCAUGUACGAUGAUUUUAGGUAGGUUUAAUCGCCUCGAAAAGCACUGAUUGUUGUGUAUGAAGGCCAAAACCGUAGUUACGGUAGACGCUGUGGCACCCGCCCUUGAGUAAGAUUAAUGCACCCCGAAGCAGGUUCAGAUGAAUAGUAUGUCUCGUUCCUAUCGUUCAGCCCGAAGAACGAAGAACGAAGGAAGAGGCAGAUGUCGAGAAUGUCGUCGUCGUCGUCGCAGUCGAUGUCGCCGUUUGGCGGUCCAAGGCGGGUGUUUGGCCAUGUUUGUUUGACUAACAAUAUUGUAAUUAUCGUAAAUUAUCUAUUGUUUACCAUGUCACAGCCGUGACUAAGCCCUAACCUUACCACCACACGCUGUUACAGUAAGUUCAGCUCUGCCGAGUCCUCAACUCUCCCUUCUCCUCCAUUGACCCACCCGACGUCCCUUUGCUGAUAUUUAGAGUCUGUAGGGCAUACGAAUGAAUUAGGCUACUACAACAAUGGCACGUUCUCCUUCUCCCGCAAUAGGCCGUACGCUCGACAUCGAGUUGUCUGGCCAAGAAAUUAUCUCUGUCGAACUUGACAACUUGGAUCCCGACGCGUCCGACCUUCUCGAUGUUCUCAGAGAUGCCCAGUCUCCGCCAUGGAUAUGGACAAAGCUCGCAGCGGAGUACUGGAAGCAGGGACACAUGGAGGCGGCGGAGAAGCUUGCUCAGAGUUGCAUCGAGACUUUGGAGCGAAGUGGACAGGACCACAAUCUUUCCCCCAUUUACUCAUUGAUUGCUAAUAUGCAAAUAACUCGCGCACAAAAGGCUCCCAAGAUUAUCCUACAUGAUGCUCGCCUCGAUGACCAGAGGGCGGAGAAGACUCGAAAAGAAUACUAUCAAGACGCAGCUCAACAUAUGAACAAGGUCAAUGUAGCGCAGAGUGGGGGCGUAUCAGCCAUGCUCGGAUUCCUGACGCGAGCCAUUCUCCAGUUGGGCAACCAGUCAAUGGAUGACGCGUUACGCUCAUUUGAGGGCGUGCUUGCCGAGAAACCAACCAAUAUCGUUGCAUUGUUGGGCAAGGCCAGAAUAUUGUUCACUCGUCGACAAUACUCUCAGGCAUUGAAGCUGUUCCGAGAGGUUCUCAGGCUGAAACCCAACUGCAAACCCGAUCCUCGCAUAGGUAUAGGUCUCUGUCUGUGGCAAAUGGAUCAGAAGGCGAUGGCGAAGGCUGCAUGGCAGCGGAGUGCUGAAGUGGAUCCGAGUGCAUGGCCAUCGCACCUGUUGCUUGGUCUUGAGGCGAUCAAUGCCAGUAAAAAUGAAAAUCAACCGGAAGAAGAGCGAAGAACCGAAUUCUUAGUUGGCACCAAACUUGUCGAGAAGGCCUUCAAGACAAACCAGAAGAACUCUGCAGCCGCCAAUGCUUUGUGCGAACUAUUCAUUCGCAAAGGACAGUACAAGAGUGCUCUGAAAUUGGCUGAGCGUACCAUUCAAUUCGCAGACACACUAACGGUACUGACGGAAGGUCACAUUCGCGCCGGUCGUGUUCUGCAUGCGGAAGGUUCCACAUCGGAAGCCAUGAAGCAUUACUCGAUAGCGAGGGAGGGUCAACCGACCAAUGUUUUGGCCGCGAUUGGUCUUGCCCAAAUGCAGAUGCACAAUGAUGAGAUACCCGGUGCCAUCCACACUUUAGACACACUGAUCCAGCGGCCACCUGCGAGCGAGUCAAUGGAGGCCACCGCGAUGCUUGCUUCUCUGCGUGCCCAUCCGCGCCCUGGUGUUUCCAGCUCGGACCAAGCUCAAGAGAAAACUCGUGCAAAGGAGCUUUUUGACCGUGUUUGCAAGACCCUUGGACUGCCCGAAGACACUCACCCACAGUUGAAUGGUGCUAAGCUACUGACAGCCCCUACACGCACUAUCGCUGAAGACAGCGAACUCCACCUUGAGAUUGCACGACUUUGGCAAGUUGAGAACCUCGAUAAGGCCGAGCGCGCAUACCAAGAAGCUCUGAGGCUGAAUGAGGCUGCUGGUCGUGCAGAGCCACGACUGUCGAAUAAUCUCGGUGCGAUACAUCAGUUAGCUGGUCGGCUGGAUCAGGCAAGAGUGAUGUAUGAGAGUGCGUUGACCACAGCUGCUGCGCUGGAGUCCAAUGCUGGCGAGGGCAUGUCGACGUCAAUUUUAUACAACCUUGCUCGUGUGUAUGAGGAGCAGGGAGCAGAGUCUAUGGCGAAGGAGGCGUAUGAGAAGCUAUUGACGAGACAUCCAGAAUACGUUGAUGCCAAAAUUCGACAAGCACAAAUGCUUGCUGAUAUCAAUAGGAACAACGACGCUCACGAAAUGCUGAAGCAGUCAUUAGUCUCACAAAAUAAUAACCUCAACCUUCGCGCUUUCUACACUCACUUCCUUAUACAGUCCAAUCUUCCGAAGCCAGCCAAGGAAUUCGUCUUCGCGACAUUGAAAGACCACGACAAGCACGAUAUUUACUCGUUGUGCGCUGCAGGUUGGAUUCAGUAUCACCAAGCGAGAGAGAGUCGUGACCUCACUCCAGAAGGUAUCAAAGAGCGAAGACGUGGUUUCCAACGUUCAGCGGAACUCUACGACAAAGUUCUGCAUCUUGAUCCUACAUGUGCUGUUGCUGCACAAGGAUUGGCUAUUGUCAUCGCCGAGGAUGCACUCGGAACCUUAGGUGGCUCCUUAGCAGCCCCAACGCCUGAUGAGAAUCAGAAAAGACUCAAGAACGCACGUGAAGCAUUAGAUAUCUUCGCCAAAGUCCGAGAGUCACUGGACGAUGGCAGUGUGUACGCCAACAUGGGACAUUGCUACUUCGCCAGUGAUGACUAUGACCGUGCUAUCGAGAGUUAUGAAACUGCUUCGAAGAAGUUCUAUCAUGACCAUAACGUCUCUGUGUUGAUCUGCCUUUGUCGUGCCUGGUAUGCAAAAGCCAACAAGGAUCAGUCCUUCACAGCUCUGAACACUGCGCUACGAUAUGCCCAGACUGCGUAUCAUUUGCAACCGUCAGAUAAAGUCAUCUUGUAUAACAUUGCCAUGAUUCAGCAGAAGGCCGCUGAGAUGCUUAUAGCAUUACCACCCGCUAAGCGAUCUCUGAAGGACUUGCAGAAGGCUACCGAACAAGCUGCCAAUGCUCAAAAGCUCUUUGCUUCUUUAGCCGCAGACAAGGCACAAGUGCUCCCUUACAGCCGCGAUAUCGCCGAUCAGCGACGUAAGUACGGAGAUGGUGUGCUGCGAAGAUGCGACGAGCAUCUUGCAAGUCAGCGGCAAUAUGAGGCAGAAGUUCAAGCCAAGGUCGAAGCUGCACGCCAGAAGAGGCAAGCGGAGAAAGAGAAGCAGGAGGCGCUUGAGCGUGAGCGGAUGGAGGAGAUUCGGCGUCGGGAGGAAGCGUUGAAAGAGCAACGUCGCAUUCAACGCGAACAGGCGCAGGAGUGGACGCGAGAGUUCCAAGCAGAGAGUGAUGAAGAGCGAGAACGAAAAGCCAAGAAAGGUACUCGGCGGCCUCGAGCGGAACCAACUGGUAGUGGUGAUGAAGCCAAUGGGGAGCCUAAAAAGAAGCGACGAGGAAAGCUCAAGAAAGGUGCCGAAAACGAUGAGGAAGAAGCGCUGUUCAGCGGGGAAGAGGAGGCUGCUGAUAAGCCAUCUCGGAAGCGUCAGAAAAAGAGGGUCGUCCGAGAUGAUGACGAAGCCGAGGUCAGCGCUCCUCGGAAAAAGCAGUUCAAAAGCAAAGAGUACAUCUCCGAUUCUGACGAAGAGAUGUCAUGACCUUGUUAUUCCCCUUGCUAUCGUUUUGGAUUCGCUCAAUCUUGUAUUCGCUACCAUAUGAUCUAUUCGCUGUGCACUGUAGUCUUAGCUCUUUUGUAAUAGAACCAUCUCGCAUUCCGAUGUUCAUAUUUCUAACACAGCAGUCAAAAGAAGUUCCGGAACGGUUUUGUUUCCCC